CAGCCAUUUCGUUCUUGCUCAUUCCAAUCUCCGCCUUAUAACUAUUACGUCACGGCAUUUCUUCAGGGAACAAUGGACUUCACGCGAGCUCCCGUGUACCAAGUGAUCGACGGUCUGAAGUAUAGCAAAGUGUACACGCCGGAGCACGUGCGUGCUGUCCGAGCCUACAUGCCUCAAGAUGGCGACCUAGUCUUGGUGUCCUACCUCAAGUGUGGGAACAACUGGCUGGAGCAAGUCAUCCAGCUUGUUCUGCACGGAGGAGAAAGUGCCGAAAACUAUGCCGAGUUUCACCGGUGGUGUCCGUACCCGGAGCUGUAUGGCUUGCGCUACCUCGACGAGAUGGAGCCGCCACGUUUCUUCAAAACGCACUUUCGGUACGAACACCAGCUGAAGAACCCGAAGGCCAAAUUUGUAUACUUGGCUCGCAAUCCGCUGGACGUUUGCACUUCGUUGUACUACUACACGCUCGGAGGUCCGCAAUACGACUUCGAAAACGGCAGCUUCGACGAUUUUGUGGAAGCCUUCGUGAGUGGUGAGGUAGACCACGGGGACUACUUGGAUCACCUGCUCUCCUGGUACCCACACCGGCACGAGCAAAAUGUGCUCUUUAUAACUUUCGAGCAACUGAAACGAGAUUUCAAGGGCACCGUCCUCUCCCUGGCAAGUUUCAUGGGUGAGAAGUACAGGCGAUUGCUCGAUAAUGACCAGGACCUUUACCGGAUGGUUGCCGAGAAAAGCAGUCUCUCUUUCAUGUCGAAGCUCUGUUCUGUCGAUAAGGAGAGCAUCGCAAAGCUGACCGAAAAGGACGAGCCCUUCUUAGACGCCUGUCGACGCUUCAACGCGAUGAACCGCAGUGGCACCAAAGGCCCAGUCAUAGCAAGAAAAGGCAUUGUCGGUGAUUGGAAAAAUCACUUUACGAAUCGGCAUCUCGGUCUGGUGCGCCAGUGGAUCGAGAAUAAGGGGGCUGGUCAAGUGAUUCGGGAGAUAUGGGGAGAUUUGGAUCUUGGAGGAAUUGUAUGCACGUAGAAGUACCUUACUACCCCAUGUGAGUUGUAUGGGUAAAUCAUUGAAGACGAACGGCUCACAAGUAUUUCUAAAAAUAUUUGGAUUCUCCUUUUGCUUAUAACUGCGUGAAUGAUUCUCCAUCUUUUAGUGAGAGCUGUGGUAUGGCCUAUAUUAUUAGGCUAUAUACCUCUUUCUAUAUGAUGUCAAUUUUAGUAUGAAAGGUCAAUAAUCUUUUCACGGGUGGAUAUCGUUAACGAAGCUAUAGGCUGGGAUAAUGUAUCAGGCCUGUUCCGAUUUUCUGCUUUUCGCUUUUCGUCAGUAGUCCGGACGGCUAACUCGGCCGGUCUUGAAAGGCGUAUGAUAUAAAGGGAAAAUAACUAAGUGAAAUAAAUCCCCAUUUAAUACGCCCCUAUUUUCGCUCCGAAUACUUACAUUACUAUUUGCAUCGGCGCAGCUAAUAAACUAUUCCCUAUGUCCACUAAAGUGUUCCUGAGCUAGAGCACUGCACGGGUGGAUGGAUGGAUGGAAAACUUUAAUGAACGUCCUGAGGUACGCGACUCAGCGCGCAGCGGGCCGCUCCCACGUUGGGACAGUCAGGCCAUGCCCGACCGCCGCAUCGUUGGCCCUCUGGACAGCCCAUAGUUGCGCCCCGGCAUCGGGGCUCUUGAUAGCGGAGAGCCACUUGUCCUCAUUUAUGUGUUCCGUGCCUCGGAACGAGGGGCAACGCCAGAGCAUAUGCACGGGCCAAUUUUUUUUCAGCCCGGGCCCGGCCCGCCACCCCUUUACCUUAGGCCCGAGCCCGGCCCGAACCCGGCCUGAGAUCGAAAAAUAUCACCGAGCGGCAUUCAAAAAAAUAAAAUAAAGAAGCGAAUGAGUGAGUGAGGCAUAAAUGCAUGUCGUAUGCAAUUAUGAACACCAUUUGAGCGGUCUAAACGCAAAUACUAGCGCGCGAAGUAGUACGAAUGACCCUGCCGAGCAGUAUCGCAACAGUAUUUUUCCACGUCGGGCGCCUCACUGCAAAGCCUGCGCCGCCCAAGCCACUUGUCCCACUCAACCGUAUUAAGGCGAAAGCAUUUAAUGGCUCAUACUCGCGGCGUCCGACCAUCCAUCCGUCCGUGCCCUGGAACGGUGCCAGCUGUGGCCUCUCCCCCUCACACUCUCUCAGGAAUCACAAAAAAAGACAUGGCAUAGUCAGUCGAAUGGCCACAAGCUUUAGCCGAACACGCUUUGUAAUUUACAAAGUGUCCUUCACGACCGGUCGUGAGCGCAGCGCAUGGAUGGAGUAAAUGGAGAAAGAAAGCUUCUCGUUCCUCUAUGGUGCAGCGUAAUGCGCUGCUGCUAGGUGGCCGGUUGAGAACAUGCGUGCAAUCAUGGAUGAACGCAGUGCCAUAUUUCAGCCGCGUGACGAAUUAUCUUACCAUUCAUCGUUUUAUCAAUGGGCCUUUGAAGAAUCAGCAAGUCGCGAAAGCGCUUGCACUGCGCUGAAAGCAUCAAUUACAGUGAUUUAGGUAAGGAAUACAAUGGCACCCUUUGGUUUGAGGUGACUUCGGUCUUUCUGGACUUUUACAUUCCGUUCAAACAGCGCAAAAUACGACGGAAGAAGAAAAGGGAAGUACACAGGAGUAGCACUGCUAGCUUCCAGCUGCGCCGGGGCAACAGACUUUUCAGAUUCGAGACGCGCGAGGAUAACUCGCUGCACGUUACAUGCACACCACCAGAAAGUCUGAGCCCGGCCCGGGCCCGCGUCAAAAUACCCGAACCAGGCCCGGGCCCGGGUCAAAAAGCACAUGCCGUGCCCGAGCCCGGCCCGAGCCCGUGACAAAAACUGCGCUACCCGGCCAGGCCCGGCCGGGCCGCGCCUGGGCUUUCAAGUAAGCCCGAGCCCGUGCAGUGCUCUCUCCUGAGCGAUGCCUAAUCAUCGACUGCACAGCGACGACGAGGACGACGACGAUAACAAAAACCACAACAAGAGCGGUACGGGCAUCAAACUAAAUUUCGAAUGACUGCUAAAGGAACCAUACUUUAGCUUAUGAGACCUUAAGGGACACUAGAGCUGAAAGCUGAAUUAUUUUAGCUUAAUAAAUAAUUAUUUUAAAAUUCGUGUCUUACUUAUUUGACAAAAAACCUUUGAUUACUGGCUGAGACGAUAACUGCCAAACUUCCCUUUCGUGGAUUUCACGUUGAAAUUUCAGCGCUAGAACGUUACUACAUAAAAAUUCGACAAUGCUUCAGUGACGUUCCUUUCUCGUCAGUAUGCAAAGUUUUUAUACGUCGCACAGGAUGUUGAAUAUUAAAUAAGUUCUAGGGCCACCUGCUUGCAAGCGUGAACUUUGCAGAGAGUAAAGAAUGUAUCCGCAGCUUCACGUCCCUGUCUCCAUUUUUACAAGCGCCAUAUCAGGAGUAUGAAAGCGUAUGACCAGUUAGGCUAUCGUUGGCUGCUCUCGAUGUCACAGUCGAACGCCUCUGGUGCCCGGGGCCCAGAUUGCCAAAGCGGAUACAUUUCAAACAUGUGGCCCGUCAUAAAAUUGUGACUGUUUGAAACCAAACAGUCUGGCG